AUGCCGGAAGGGCAGAAACGCCACGGCGGCAAGGGGCGGGAGAAGGUGCUGCUGCAGAGACAGAGACCGAUGGAGAAGGACAGGGAGAUGCAGGGUCUCGGCGAAACAGGCACCAGGCGAUAUGACGCACGUCGCGCGGAGGAUGAUGGAACGGCGGAAGAGGAGGAGGAGGAUGUGACGGAGGGAGUGGAGGAAGAAGAAGAGCAAGAGGAAGAAGACGACGAGGAAGAGCAAGAAGAAGACGAGGAAGAAGAGGAAGUAAUUGCGCACCAGACACCAAACACACCCACACCCGCCAGAAAAGUCAAGCAACCAGCACUACAACAACAACAACAACCACCACCCAUCAUCACCCACAAUCUCGUCCUCCCUCGACGCCUUCUCCAUAAACCUCCACCCGCCGACCGACACGUGGAGCAACAACCCUCUCCCACUUCCCAUCCGCAACAAAGAUCGCUCUUUCCCCGCUCCCACCUGCGAUCCCGCUCCGACGGCACAGUCCUCUUCUCCAACUCACCCUCGGCCUCGGCCGCCCCACCCAUGGCGCGAACGCGCAGUGCCGACUAUCUCACUCCCCAACACGCCGCGCAACAAACCCACCCCGCGGGACUGCGAACACCACCCACACGACAACGCUCUCCAUUCGGGGAAGAACAUCCUCGACCCCGCUCCCCGCGAAGUUGGGAGGGUUCGGGAAUUCCCAGCAUUCAAGAAGAUGUCGCGUUGAAUAUCCCUCUCUCCCGCCCUCUGAUCCCUCUCGCUCGCUCUUCUUCGGGGAGUUUGCGAAGAAGUCGACCUGCUAGUCCUCUUCACAGCGUUACAAAUGCGGUGUCCACUCCUUCCACCAACAAUUAUGCUGGUAGCAUCAACUAUGCUGGUAGUCAUACUGGCAGCGCCAACUACGCUGGGAGUGCAGAUGGGAGUGAGCGAGGCAGUCCACAACUCGGACCCAUUCAACGCUACUACUCCAACGAAGCAUAUCCCUCGGCGACCUCCAGCAGUGCAAGUCUGUCCAGCACACCUACCAGUUGGAUGUCGCGAAGUCGCUCGCCGAGCAUCAGCUCGCUGGAGACGAUUGAAGACGCCGGAGAGGAGAUCGAGAUGAAGGAAGCCGAGGAGGUGGAGAAGUUGAGGGAAGCUGCUGCUGCGGAUGCCGAGGGAAGUCGCAGGAGUUCCUUCGAUGGAGGUGGUGCGGGAAGAUUGAGAGGUGUGCUGGGGAGGGAAAGGAAGAGGUGGAGUGUUUGUGGAGGGGAGAGGAGGGCGGAUUUGGACUUGGAGACGAUUUGGGAGGAUUGA